ACACCCCCCCGAGCCCGACCUCCAAUUCCACCCCCCCUCCUCCAGCCGCAUCUCAAGUGCGCAAUGGUGACUUUACGCGCGGGAUUGGACGUCUUCGGCUUCUUGUGAUUUCCAAGUUGCAGCGCGAGAGUCUCAUCGCAAAGCGUGCAGGUGAUGUUCAGGAAUUUUCAAGUCGUCCGCAAGUGAGAAGAGGGCGUGUCGGAGUUGUUCAAGCCUCUUAGUUGUGAUGAUGUCUUCCAUGCGAGCAUCGCCUCCCUUUCACACGCCGGCCGAGCAAGAGGAGGCGCUCGGCCACAGCAACCCCAGCGCGGCCUGGCUCAAUGACCACGGCCCCAAAGAGACGCCGUCGCCCUCCCCGCCCGAGCGGCCCCGCUCCGGCGAGCCGCAACCAGUCCGAGAGAAGCGAGCUGACGGCGACUCUUGGGACAACGUUGCGUCGGAGGCGAUGGACACGGAGAGCACAAAUCAAGGCUCGUCCGUUGUCUACUCGUAUCGAGCCAACUCCACUUCGCCGCCCAAGCCGGAGGAGUGUUCCCGGGAUCGCGGCGAGCAGACGGCGAUGGGGGCGGGCUUGGCCUUGGGCACGCCGGAACGCCGCAAGGGGAGCCUGGCGGACGUGGUGGACACGCUGAAGCAGAAGAAACUAGUGGAAAUGACCAAGACGGAACAAGACGAACCGGCGUGCAUGGAGAGUUUCCUCUCCAAGGACUGGAAGGAGCGCGUGGACUGCCUCGACGCCACCGAGCUGCUGGGCGACGUCAAAGGGACGGCGGAGUCUCUGGAGGAGAAGGAGCACCAACUGUCUACCAUGAUCAGCCAGCUGAUCAGCCUGAGGGAGCAGCUCCUCUGCGCCCAUGAUGAGCAGAAGAAGAUGGCCGCCUCGCAGCUGGAAAAGCAGCGGCAGCAGAUGGAGCUCGCCCGGCAACAGCAGGAACAGAUUGCCCGACAACAGCAGCAGCUUCUGCAGCAACAACACAAGAUCAACAUUCUCCAACAGCAGAUUCAGGUCCAAGGUCACAUGCCUCCCCUCAUGAUCCCCGUGUUCCCUCACGACCAGAGAUCUUUGGCGGCCGCCGCAGCCGCCGCACAGCAAGGCUUCCUCUUCCCACCGGGCAUGUCGUACAAGCCAGGUGACAAUUACCCCAUGCAGUUCAUUCCUUCCACAAUGGCGGCAGCGUCCGGGCUCAGUCCACUUCAGCUGCAGCAGCUGUACGCCGCCCAGCUGGCGAGUAUGCAGAUCUCGCCGGGGGCCAAGAUGGCGGCCGUCCCGCCAGGGGCGUCCAACGCUUCCGGUCCGCUGUCGCCCUCCGCCCUCAAGAGUGAGAAGCGAGCAUCGAGUCCCCUUGUGAAGGUCAAGUUGGAGGAAGGCUCCACGCAGCCGCUCAACCUGUCAGCCCGGCCCAAGACAUCGCCGGCGUCGCCGACGGCGCAAACGCUGUUCUCCGGUAACAAGAGCAGCCCCACCAGGGCCACCAAGGCCCGCAUCCCCAGUCCGGUCUCCGUCAUGGGCCACAAUGCAUCCCUGGACAUCCUCUCCAGCCUGAACUCCACGGCUCUAUUCGGGGACCAGGACGCCGUGAUGAAGGCCAUCCAGGAGGCCAGGAGCAUGAGGGAGCAGAUCCAGAGGGAGCAGCUCCACCACCCGCAGGGACCUCCUCCUCCAGCGCCUCCACCGCCACCACCUCAUCAUCAUCACCAUCAUCCUGCACCACUUGGACACCAAAGUCUGGAGGCUAAACUGUCAGCGUUGAGCAGCAUGAACCUCAACAACGGCAACAAGGAGCGUCUGCACUACGAAACGCUGAGUCACCACCUGGGCAAGCUUGGGGAGGAUGCUGGGAAGAUGGUGCACCGAGUCAUCGACCUGACCAGACCGGAGGAUCUGGACGGAAGCAACAUCGCGGAGGCUCGCGUGUUCCGAGAGGCGCGCGGAAGGAGUAACAGUGAGCCCCACAUCAAGAGACCCAUGAACGCGUUCAUGGUUUGGGCCAAGGACGAGCGCAGAAAGAUCUUACAGACCUUCCCGGACAUGCACAACUCCAACAUCAGCAAGAUCCUCGGUUCCCGCUGGAAGGCGAUGACCAACCAGGAGAAGCAGCCGUACUACGAGGAGCAGGCUCGCCUCAGCAAGAUCCACCUGGAGAAGUACCCCAACUACAAGUACAAGCCGCGGCCCAAGAGGACCUGCAUUAUUGACGGCAAGAAGCUCCGCAUCGGCGAGUACAAGCAGAUGAUGCGCUCGCGCCGUCAGGAGAUGCGGCAGUUCUUUGUCGGGCCUCAGGCUCCCCUUCCCCUGGGCAAUAACGCGGGCGGCAUGGGCGUUUACCCCGGCGCCAUCGCCAUGUCGACGGGCGCCACCUCCUCACCCCACCUGACCUCGGACUGCUCCAGCAACUCGGCAAGCCCCGAGCCGACCGCGCCCGUCAUCCAGAGCCCGUACGCCGUUGUCAAGGCCGAGCCCGCCCUGGACGUGCCCGGCCACCCCGCCAACGGCGACGACGACACGGACAUGUACGACGACUACGAGGACGAGCCCAAGUCGGACUACAGCAGCGAGCACGAGACGCGGCAGGAUAUCAGUGCCAAUUGAACGCUCUCGCAAAAAAAAAAAAAAAAAAUGCUCAAAUGACUUUUGGGAGGACAACUUUAACGACAAAGGGCCGGAACCUGCGACAAUCCCGGCAUCACAUUUUUUAUUUUAUUUUAUUUUAUUUUUUGGGCACCCAGCAUGCAUGGAUUCUUAAGCAGCUAUUUGGUCUUAAGUGUUUUAAAAGGAGUGAGCUCGUUUCAUUUUUAUUUUUUGAUUAUCUUGAUGUUUUUAUGAUUUUUUUUUUUUUUUUAAGUUUCGAUUAGAUUUUCGCUGGACGGGCGACUCGCUCACUGCCUGUACAAAAACUCUGGACUGGCACAACUUGAAAUUUGAGAAGUUUUAAUAUUUAAAAAAAAAAAAAAAAA